CCUUAUUCAAACACAGAUCAGUUCAUGUUGAGAAUUGCAACCAUAAUCAAAAACAUAUCAAUCCAUGUGGAGCAUUGAACCCAUUAUUUAAACCAGUGAUUUAACACUUGUUUCUGUUAACAGGGAGAACUCACAAUCACUGUAGAAAUGGAAAACCUGAGUAACUCCCUGUUUCUGAAUAAUGUGCCUGAAAGAUGGGAGAAGAAAGCCUACCCUUCUCUGUUCCAGUUAUCUCAGUGGUGGGUCAUAUUCACUCUUAACUAUGAAUUGAUUUAAGGAAAUAUUAUAUUUUUAAUUUAUUUCUAUUUCAAUAGAUUUUUUAUUUUCAUGUUAAUAAAAAAAGGAAAUAUAAAUAUAGAAAAUGUACUGAGUCCACACUUUAUGCAAAUUUGAAGAAAGAACAAAAUUCUGAAAGAGAAGUUUGAAAAUGUAACCUCAUAUGUUCUCAGUGUUACAUAGCAAACUGUUUAAUUAUUUAACCUUAGAGGUCAACUGACAACUCAAGGUGUUGUAUAAUGAAAGAUCAAUGAAAUAAGUGUAGGCCAUGGCUUCUAAUUUCAAACAGGGCAACUAAAAAUUAACAAAUACACAUUGCAGGUAUGGGGAUAUGAUCCAACGAGCCAGAGAGUUGGAAAACUGGAUUGGUGAUUUUAACCUGCCAGCCAGUGUGUGGCUUGGUGGAUUCUUUAACCCGCAGAGUUUCCUUACAGCCAUCAUGCAGCAAACAGCCAGGAAGGUAAAGUAAAAUAUGAUCUAUGAUGAUUUGAUCACAAUAUUUGUAUGUGGCCCAAACUUUUGAGGAGGGAGAAAAAAAAAAGUUUCAAUUAAAUUCUUAUGUAAUGGACAUCUCUGUAAAAUAGGUAGGACUUACAAUUUUUCUUGAACAAAAAUCAUUCUAAUGAGGCCUCAUUUUAUACUUUCCGAUUUCACACAAAUUUCACUAUUGUAUAAAUGUAGACCUAGGUGGUUUUAAACAAAAGUUAAUGGAAGCUGAACAUUAAUUAAAAGUUUUUAAAAUUUGACACAUUUUUUCUGGUUGAUUCCAAAUCAAAUUUUGCUAUGAAAACAUUGCAAUUUUAUUAUAUUUUUUUUUGUUAAAAACAUUGUCAAGUAAAUGUCAAAACUUAUUCAAUAAGUUCAUACCAAAAGUCUUAAAUAGAGUAUUAUUAUAUGUUUAGACGAUUAGCUUAAGGUGAAAUUCUUCACAGCCAAUUCUUUAGUAAAUUAUAUAUCUGCUAUUUGAUUCCACAGAAUGAAUGGCCUUUAGAUCGAAUGUGCCUGCAAUGUGAUGUAACCAAAAAAACUAAAGAAGAAAUGUCUGGCCCACCAAGAGAAGGUGCAUACGUCCAUGGACUGUAUAUGGAGGGUGCUCGCUGGGAUCUCCAGACUGGAUUCAUAGCUGAGUCCUACCUAAAAGAACUCACUCCCAGAAUGCCAGUCAUCUUCCUGCGAGCCAUUCCUGUGGACAGGGUCGACCAGAGGCUAGUCUAUGACUGCCCAGUUUACAAAACCAAAGGAAGAGGCCCCACCUUUGUGUGGACGUUCAGGCUCAAGACCAGAUUGGAGCCAUCAAAAUGGGUUUUGGGUGGUGUGGCUCUGCUGCUACAAGUCUGAGCUGAAGGACUGAUUGACUUGAACAAAUUAUUUUGAAUUUUCACCAUUAAUGGUUCGUUGGCAUCAACUGAAAAAAAAAAAAAAUGCUGGUGAAAAAAAUUCUUACAAAUAUUGACCUUCAGAUACUGACUACAUACUAAAUUAUGAAAGCACAAAACUACUUUUCACUUACCUGUAAACUUACCCUUACAAUAGGGAUCGAUUGAUUCCACAGAUAUACGUGUGCACAAACCAAAUGUAUUUUAUUUAUUUGUAUUACUUGUGACUAUUUUGUUACUUUAAAAUAUAAUAAGCAGAAAGGUGCCCUUCAAACCAUUUAAAAAACUCUUAUUUUAGGAUCAUUAUACCCUCAUGUUCAAAAUUGAAUAAAGAUGAGAUCAGCCAAAUAAAAUAAUUUAUAUGCUAGCAACAGUAUUAGAUGUUGACUAAUAAAUAAUGUUUAUAACCAUGCCCUUUUCAUACGUUAACAUUAGCAUGUUUCUGAUGUAAUGUAAACAUGACUUAUUUGAAAUAAAAAACAGUAUUUUUAUAUCUGCUUAGAAAAUAAUUAUAAAUUAGCUUGCUAAAUGU